AUGUUAGUGAUACACCAAGUCAAGGAAGAAUGGGAAACAAGAGAUGCUAAAUUAGCGCCUUACAGCCAAUACGUUACAAAAUUAUCUCAAAAUUUUGAAAAGAUUUCAUUUGACCAUGUUCCUAGGGAAGACAAUCGAAUGGCAGAUGCAUUAGCCACCCUGGCAGUGAUGUUUGAUCUUAAUCUUGAAUUUGAACUUCAUCCAAUCCAAAUUACAAAGCGAGACGUGCCAGCAUAUUGUAUGAAUGUUGGAAAUGAUAACAAGCCAUGGUAUUUUGAUAUUAAGCAAUACAUAAAGUGUAGAGAAUAUUCAUAUGAAGCUUCAGAGAAUGACAAACGCACAAUAAGGAGGUUGGUCAUGAACUUUUUCUUAAGUGGCUAA